CUUGUGUUGACUUUGCGUAUUUUAAGUUAGAAGUUAGAUAAGCGAGGCGCCGCGCAGCCACCCAGAACAAUUAUACAACGCAGCGCAGCGCAGCACAGCACAGUACAGCAUAACAUAUCAUGGUGGUCACUCUGGGAUACGCCGAGGCGGUGGACGAGGAGUUUGGGCGCGAGGUGUUUUCCAGCAAAAUAGGAGGCAAGCCGCGGUGGCUUGACCCGACGCGGCCGUUAGCCGUCAACCGGGUGGUGUGCGACGAGUGCACAAAGCCGAUGGUGCUACUCAUGCAAUUGUACGCGCCCGAGGACGAGCCAGCUUCUGCAUUCCACCGCACGCUGUACGUCUUCAUCUGCCGCAGCGGUGCAUGCCACAAGGCCGGCGCCAAGCAAUGCAUGCGCGUGUUCCGCUCGCAGUUGGCGGAGGAGAACAGCGUGUAUGAGGAGGAUGCCAGCAGCAACGACGUUUCUGAUAACAACGACGACGACGACGACAUUACAUGGGCCUUGCGGCCGCAGGUCAAGGCGGCCCCGCUGUGCGUUGUGUGCGGGCUGGCGGGCACCAAGGGAUGCAGCAAGUGCCGCGCGCGGCUGUACUGCUCGCGCGACCAUCAGCUUGCAGACUGGAGCGGCGGGCACCGCGAGCAGUGCGGCAGCGGCAAGACCGACAACGCAGCGCACAGGCGCAAGCUGCAGCGCAUGGUCUUUCCGGAGUACGUCAUUGUGUCUGAGGAGGAGCCGGCGCAGGCGCAGGCCGAGGCCGAGGCCUUUGGCGAAGACUCGGACGACGACGGCGAGGACACUGAGGGCAUCACGGCCGAAGACAUGGCGCUUGUGCCGGUGUCCGGCGAGCGCGCUGAGGACUCGUCCGUCGACGUCGACCGCGCGUUCCUAAUGUUCCAGCGGCGCAUCCAGCUGAGCCCCGACCAGGUGAUCCGCUACGCGCGGUCGGCCGAGAGCCCCGGGCCGAGCGAGCCGCUGUUUGUCAGCGACGACGGACGGCCUAGCAUUGGCGCCGAUGCCAAUGCCGACGUGCCCGCGUGCGAGAAGUGCAGUGCGGCGCGCGAGUUCGAGCUCCAGAUCAUGCCACAGAUGCUCAAUUUUUUGUCGAUCGAUUCGGUGGACCCGGCGUCGAUCGAUUGGGGGACGCUGCUGAUCUACACAUGCCCCAAGAGCUGCGACAGCGCGGGCUACGCAGGCGAGGUCAUCUGCAGGCAGAACUUCAGCUCGCAGGGCAUCGGCGAGAAGUUCAUGCGCGCCAUGCACGGCGACGACUCGGGGUUCACCAAGCAAUUUGACUCGCUGAACAUCUGAACAUUUCAUCUGAUAAUUUGACUGCCCAAGUAUGCGGGCCUGUGUUGUUGGGUUUGAGUUUAUACAUUUUUAAGCAGAUAAUUAAAAUUGAAGUAAGGG